AAAAAAAAAAAUUGUCGCUAGAAAAAAAGUUUUCGCCGGUUGAUUUCGAAUUUUCUACUGAUUUUGUCACCGCCGAGGAGAAAUCGCGCGCUACAGCCUUUGUUCCAUCUCCAUGGUCCUUGAGGAAGAGAUUGUUCCAAUGGCGGAUCCAAUUGAAGGAGACGAAAGAAGCGGAAUCUAUCCCUCUACAGCCUCUCGUAUGCAAUGGAGCCAGUGGCAAUUGCUUGAUUCCAUUCUUCCAACCGGAGGCUUUGCUCAUUCGUUUGGUCUUGAAUCUGCUGUUCAAUCACGGUUAAUUUCAUCCCCUGAAGAUCUCGAAACCUUUAUCAUUCACGUGCUGGAUAACACGGGUGGCUUACUGCUUCCAUUUGUCUACACUGCAACCAAAUCUCCUGAUAUAGAGACAUGGCACAAACUCGAUCAAAUGCUUAACGCUACCUUAACCAAUGAAAUCUCGAGAAAGGCAUCCAUGUCUCAAGGAUCUGCACUGUUUCGGGUGGCUGCUUCAGUAUUCACCGAGAUCCCGAGUCUCAAGACCAUUAGAGACGCCUCUCUCGGGUCCAAAAACAUCUCUUGUCACCAUGCCCCCAUCUUCGGGCUUAUCUGCGGAUUACUGGGCAUCGACGCAGAGACAUCUCAGAGAGCUUACUUGUUUAUAACGCUGAGAGAUCUUGUCUCGGCAGCAACAAGGUUGAACUUAGUGGGACCCAUCGGCGCUUCAGUGAUGCAGCAUCGGAUUUCUGCUUUAGCAGAAGGGGUUUUAGGGAGAUGGAUAGACCGUCCGGCUGAAGAAGCUUGUCAGACAUCGCCUUUGCUCGAUGUUGUGCAGGGAUGCCACAGUUACUUGUUCUCUAGAUUGUUUUGCUCUUGAAGCAUGUCUGGUUCGUAGUAAAUAAUAAUAACCAGACAGCUCUUGUGUUCUGUUUCUCCGAGGUAGAUGGUCCAGUCUUGUUUGGUCUUUAUGUGAAAUGAUUUUCCUUGGUGAAGAUUGAGUCUAUGUUUUAUAUGAAGGCUUGAUCUUUUGAUGAGGGUUGUGAAUUCACAGUUCAAUGUUUCAUCAUCAAACCCGGAUGGAGUAUAUCUGUCCAGACGGGAAUAUCAGCUCCAUCUGGCUUCAACAUUGGCAAAGGAGGAUCGAUGAAGAUGAUAGGACCUCAUACUGGUGGCUUCUCAGAGUACAGAAUGACAACAGAGAAAAAGGUGCCAUCUGAUGAUCGUGUAUUAAUUUGCUGCAUUCUUUUUUUACAAAAUGUUGUUUGUUUGCAGAUCAGAUUCAUUAGGUUUAUGUGGUUUAUGUCUUUGAUGAUGUGCACAUCGAAUUCGGAUAAUCAUGUCAAGCAUGUAAAUCUGUAUUUAAGCUCACAGUGUAGACCAAAUUCAUUGAAGAAAUUCAGACAAAAAUUUUCCCCUC